AUGAUGAAGGCCUUGCAACUUUCGAAAGAGCUUGAGGGCUCUCUACCAAGUUUGUCGCUCACCAAUCUUCCAACUCCUACUCCUACCUUAGAUUGUGCCCUCAUCAAGAUUCAAUAUUCAUGUAUCCACCCGUCCGAUAGAUACAACAGUAUCGGUGGAUUCCCAAAGACAUCCUUCCCACGCAUUCCCGGUCGUGAUUACUCCGGUACGGUGAUUGCAUUAGGGCGAGAUUCGGUUGAUAUGCGCUCCCAGUGGAUUGGAAAAACCGUUUACGGAACUGGCGGUGCUGAACUUGGAUUCAGGAUGGAUGGUCCCCAUGCGCAAUAUUGUGUUGUUCUCGAAAAGUUACUUGUUGAGAAGCCUACCUCGCUUUCCAUGAUUCAAGCCGCUACCGUUGGCGUCCCUUUCACGACCGCCCUACGCUGCCUUACCCGCGCAAGAGUACAGGCAGACGAUAUUGUUCUGGUGCUAGGCGCCAAGGGGGCGGUCGGGUCUUCUGUCGUUCAAGUCGCUCAAGCGAUGGGCUGCAAGCGCGUAUUGACUGCCACUCGAAACAAACUCGACAAUCCCGAUGUUCUACUGGACUGGGAUAUUGAUGUAGAGUUUCUGGGCAAGAUUCCAUCCCUUACCGAUGGAAAAGGUGUCAACGUGGUGAUCGAUACGAUUGGCAAGCUCGACAUCAUGAACGCUGCCAUCCAUGCUUUAGCUGUCAAGGGUCGGUAUGCAUGGAUCGCUGCACCGCGAGGAGGAGCUCCCACAAAACUCAGUCUGAAUAUCUUCGAGGCAUAUCGAAAGGAGAUUGAGUUGAUAGGAUGCAAUUCUGGCCUUGCUACGAUCGAUGACGUGGCAGAAGAGAUGCAAAAAUUGACUCAAUUCUUCGAACGAACCCUGAUUCAGGCGCGAGAUGAGUCUUCAAUGAAUGUAGUCAACUUGGAUGACGCCGUUGAGAAGGGCUAUAAGAUUUCUCCAGAGAAACAGACUGUGUUGAAGAUGUUUUAG